AUGCUUCAUUUGAGCUUAGAACUUAUACGCCAACUUCGUCAUUCAGACCUCCAACAUUUUUUCACCAUCUCUCACAUUGAUUUACAGGUUCCAAUUGUGGCUCUUGCUCUGUUUGGAACUUUUGCCGCGGUUCUCACGUUCCUGUGCGAUAUCCACAUCCUGGCUGAUUUUCUCAGCAUCGGCACAUUGAUUGCCUACACAAUUGUUGCAGUGGAUGUAUGUAUUUUACGGUACUGCCAACCGCAACUGUACUCCAGUGGUUGGACAGAAAUCGAGUCCUCUGAAGCCGGACUGGAUAGUGAGUCCGGUAAUGAUGAGAAAAUUCGGGAGACUAACGAGUCCGAACUGAACGAGUGGCCCCACGCAAUUGGGCGGCUUAAAUCUGCAUUUCGUCAUUUGCCAAUCCUACGUGACUCUGCCCCAGGGCGUGCACCGAUUAUCGCUUUACUCCUCUACAUCAUCUGUGCCGCUUGUCUGGCCAGUCUGGCCUUACCCGGAAUGCAAUACGUUCAGGAGGCUCGUUGGUGGGCUAUCUUAGCCGUGAUUGUGUUCCUUAUCGGAGCGGUCUUCUUUGUCGUGAUCAUGUAUCUACAUGAACAAAAUAAAGCGUUUGACAGUUUCAAGGUGCCAUUUGUGCCCUUCAUCCCGUGCUUGUGUAUUUUCCUCAACUUCUGUCUAAUUGUCAAGUUGUCCCCCAUGACUUGGAUUCGCUUUGUGAUAUGGCUUCUCAUUGGUCUAAUGAUCUACUUUGCCUAUGGCUGGAGACACAGUAUCCAUGCGACAGAACCUGGUGAGAAAGGCCGACUAAUCGAGGAUGCUGGAGUAUCAGAUGUGCCGAAUGUGAUAGAGCCUUCCACAAGCGACACGAUUCCUGCCAGUGCUGAGUAA